GACAAAAUUCCCAGUCCGCGCUCGUCUCGCUACUCCUUCAUCGUCUCCAACUCCACCGGAACCCUAAUUCGAAAUUUCUAAUCGCAGCUCAUGAUGGCGGUGGUCGCUGAGAGCUCUUCGGCUUCGCCCAACCCGUCGGAGGACAAGCCGGUGAUCGUUAGGGUUAAACGCAAGGCAUUGCAGUCCCCGCUCGACGCUUUCUGGCUGGAAAUCAAUGAGAGGCCGGCGAAGCGUCCGUUGUUGGAUUUUGAGAAGCUGUCAAUGUCGGAUUCAGCUGGAAAGGGUAAUGAGCCGUUGAUGGAUUCAGCUGGAAUGGCAGAAGAACUGAAAACCAAGAAGGUUUUGGUACAGCAUGUAGAGACAGUAAGCAGCUUUGGUACCAGUGUUGACGUUGUGAAAUCAUUUCUGGACCCUAAUUCUGGUGAUGUGCGUGAUCAUAAAACAAAGAUUGGAGAACGCAAAUAUGCUCUGAGAAAGGAGAAUCAGAAACAAGAUCUGAUUUUGUCUAAAGCCAGACAGAGGAAGGAGGUUGUGGCAAAAAAUGCGCGUUUUGAACAAAUAUGGAGGAGCAGAAGAGGAAACAAAGAAACAUCACAUGAGAAUUUACAUGAAAUUUGUCAUGUCUAUGAUGUUAUACGUGUUGACGUUGCUGAAAACCCCAAGGAUGAAAUAUCUUUGGAGGACCAGAAGAUUUUGAACAGUUACUUGCCUCUGCUGAGAGAGUUCAUCCCAUCUGCUGCUUCCGAGAUCGAAUCAGAGUUAUACACUAACAGUUCCAAACAAGAUUCUGAAGAUGAGUAUGUUUAUGACUUGUAUGCUGUGAAGGAGGAAAGUGAUAUGGCUGUUGAAUUAUCUUCAAACCCAUUCCCCUUGGUCCAAGUUGAUGACGAGGAUUUCUAUGAUGGGCCUGAUGAAUCCGAAUAUGAAUCUGAUGAUUCAAAUGCUGAAAACAACCCGCUCAAUGAUUAUCCGGAUGAGAUCUCUGAAGAGGAAGAAGAGGAAUCAGAGAACGAAGACUCCGAUGAUGAAUCAGAAGAGAAGGAGAGUUCCAGCGACAAAUCAUCAGAACCCGAGGAUUUAGAAGAAAAUGACUUUUUUGAAGAUGAUAUAUAUGGUGAAAACAAUGACGGCCAUGACUUUGAUUACGAUGUUGAUCCAAGUGAUGAUGGUGAAGACCGGAAUAUGGUCUUAUAGGUGAAACUUUUUCAUGUAGCUACUAUCUUCUUCGUGCGAGGAAUUGUAACCUGGAUCCUUUUAGUUUGCAGUAGUAUCUCAUGAACAAGUAAAUCAGUGUCGGAAGUUAAUGGUGGAUUAGUGGUUACAUGUGUGAAUAUGAAUUUCUUUUGUACAGCCUUAUGGCGAUGGAACUAUUAGUACGGCCAGGGAAACCUUUCUUCUGUUA